AUGCCUUCCCAAGCUGCCCUCCUCAUCGGAGGCAUCACGCAUGCGCGCAAAGAGUGGGAGAGCCUCUCUUCUAUCCUCAGUCUUAAGGAAUUCCCUACCGGCACCCGCGAAGAGUUCAUCGCAAACUGCAAGGCGGGGCAAUACGAUGAUGUUAUCGCAAUCUAUCGGUCCAAUACUUCUAAUAAGUAUACCGGCCCCUUUGACGCCGAGAUGCUCGCCGUUCUGCCCCAGUCGUUGAAGUACAUUUGCCACAAUGGAGCUGGAUAUGACAAUAUCGAUGUUGCAGCUUGUACGCAGAGGAAUAUUGCUGUGUCCAGCACUCCCGUCGCGGUUAACAAUGCUACCGCCGAUGUGGGGAUCUUCUUGAUGAUCGGCGCUUUACGCCAGGCUUAUGUUCCUAUUGCGGCUCUGCGCGCCGGACAAUGGCAAGGUCAGACUACUCUGGGAAACGACCCCCAGGGCAAGGUCCUCGGUAUUCUAGGCAUGGGCGGCAUUGGACGGGAAAUGGCUACUCGGGCCAAGGCCUUUGGCAUGAAGAUUCAGUACCACAACCGCUCCCGCCUCCCCACCGAGCUGGAGGCCGGUGCGACGUAUGUCUCGUUUGAUGAGCUUUUGGCCAACUCCGAUGUGUUCAGUUUGAACCUGGCCCUAAACGCUUCCACACGGCACAUCAUUGGAGCCACUGAGUUUGGCAAGAUGAAGGACGGUGUAGUGGUUGUCAACACGGCGCGUGGAGCCUUGAUCGAUGAGAAGGCGCUGGUCGCAGCACUCGAUUCUGGAAAGGUCCGCUCUGCUGGUCUGGAUGUGUACGAGGAAGAACCCAAGAUUGAGCUAGGCCUGGUUAACAACCCCAGGGUCAUGCUGCUGCCCCAUAUUGGCACUGCGACCUUCGAGACUCAGAAGGAGAUGGAGAUCUUGGUGUUGGAUAAUUUGAAAUUGGCGGUCGAGAAGGGUGAGCUGAUUACCCAGGUUCCGGAGCAAAAGAAAUAG